GGGAGGGGGGCUGGGAAAGUUGAGGCCGCGCUGCCGCCGGGUCUCCGGCCUUGAGGGCUCGGGCUCGCUGCGGCGGCGGUGGCCGCAGGAAGAGGUGGCGGGGCGGGGGGAGAGGAGGGCUUGGGCCCGCGCUCCCCCAGCCCCAGAGGAGCAGGCGGCGGCCGCGGACGGAGAGAUUCGCCCGGGCGGUCGGACACUCCUGCCGAACCCGCUUGGGAUCAUGACCCAGGCGGAGGUCGCAGCCGCCGCCGCCGCGGCCGAGACCACGCAGCCAGCGGUAAGAAGAAAACAUAACUUAUAGACCAUCUUCUGAUAGAAGAUGAUAGAUUUGGAUCAGAAACAGGAGGCACUGGAAGCCAGGAAUCAGAAGUGAAGAAAUUCUGCAAACCCUUGGGUGAGAAAGGUUCCUAUCACUGUAACCAUGCCAGAAAUGACAGAGAAUGAGACUCCUACAAAAAAGCAGCACAGAAAGAAGGACCGGGAGACACACAAUGCAGUGGAGAGGCAUAGAAAGAAGAAAAUCAAUGCUGGGAUAAACAGAAUAGGAGAGCUGAUCCCAUGCUCCCCUGCGCUGAAACAGAGCAAGAAUAUGAUCCUGGACCAAGCCUUAAAAUACAUAACAGAAUUGAAAAGGCAAAAUGAUGAACUCCUGCUUAACGGAGGAAACAAUGAACAAGCUGAAGAAAUAAAAAAGCUACGGAAACAACUGGAAGAAAUUCAAAAAGAAAAUGGCCGAUAUAUUGAAUUACUAAAAGCCAAUGACAUAUGUUUAUAUGACGACCCUACAAUCCACUGGAAAGGAAAUCUUAAAAACUCAAAGGUCUCUGUUGUUAUUCCCAGUGACCAGGUUCAAAAAAAUAUCAUUGUUUAUUCCAAUGGGAGUCAGCCUGGUGGGAACAGCCAGGGAACAGCUGUUCAGGGGAUAACUUUUAAUGUUGGUCAUAAUUUACAAAAGCAAACUGCCAAUGUGGUGCCGGUGCAGAGGACUUGCAAUCUUGUGACUCCUGUGUCUAUUUCUGGAGUUUACCCUUCUGAAAACAAGCCAUGGCAUCAGACCACAGUUUCUGCAUUGGCUGCCAACCAGCCUGUUCCUCUUUGUCUUCCUGCUACCAUUUCUGCUCAAAACAUUCUCGAGCUUUCCACCUCCGAAAGCGAACCAAGCGUGCUUGUUGCCUCCAGUGGUUCACUGAUCGCUGUUCCCGUUGGGCCUGAACCACCCCAGCAUCGUUCACUGCUCACAUGUCUAAAUGAUCAAAAUUGUUCUGAAAAUAAGAGCGGGCAAGAGAGCCCCAAAGUACUGAAGAAAAUGGUCCCUUGUGCCACAAGCAUCUCCUCUACCUGCUCAGCAGCUGCCACUAAAGGACACCAUGGAAGCAAGUCCUGCCUGAGCAUACAGGACUGCAGAAGUGAGUUUCAAACAAUCUUUGUUGUUUCCGUGACCACCACCGUCUGCUCCCAGCCUCCCAGAUCUGCAGGUGAUUCUCGUCCAGCAAACACUGGCAAGGGUGCAGACGUGACAAGUGUUACUGCAGUGGUGGUCCCAUCUGCCCCUGGGGGAGGGAAGACCACCACUGCUGUAAGCACCCUUUCUGCAAACCCUAUGGACAAUGGUUGGACUCUUUCUUGUUCUUUGCCUUCCUCAGCUGUUAGUGCUUCAGAUUUGAAAAACAUUAAUAGCCUUACCCGAAUUUCCUCAGCUGGAAACACACAGACGACAUGGACUACUUUGCAACUGGCAGGAAACACUAUUCAGCCCUUAAGCCAGACACCAUCUUCUGCUGUGACUCCGGUAUUAAAUGAGUCUGGUACUAGCCCCACGACAACCAACCACAGUAGACAUAUGGCUACAGGCAUCAACUUGAAUAAUUCCUGUCCUGCAGAUGGGCAACCAGUUGAGCAAGUAGUUGUAACCUUGCCUUCUUGUCCAUCUUUACCUAUGCAGUCACUGAUUGCUCAGCCACAAGUUAAAUCUCAGCCUCCAAAAAAUAUCCUUCCAUUGAAUUCAGCAAUGCAGGUGAUUCAGAUGGCACAGCCAGUUGGGUCGACUGUUAACGCAGCUCCAGCUAAUCAAAAUGUUAUCAUUCUUCAGCCACCCAGCACCACCCCAUGCCCAGCAGUGAUGAGGGCAGAGGUUCCCAACCAAACAGUAGGUCAGCAGAUAGUAAUCAUACAGGCAGCUAACCAGAAUCCUUUGCCACUCCUUUCAGCUCCACCUCCUGGGUCUGUUCGACUCCCUGUCAAUGGAGCCACUGCUAUAAUAGGGUCUAAUAGCUCUGUGCAAAAUGUUUCAACCCCACAGACUUUUGGAGGAAAGCAUCUUGUCCACAUACUACCAAGAUCUUCAUCUUUAUCAACGUCUAAUUCAACACCAACUUUUUCUGUUACCAUGUCGAACCAACAGCAGCCUCAAACCAUUUCCCUAAAUGGACAGCUCUUUGCUUUGCAGCCCGUGAUGUCUUCAUCAGGAACUACAAGUCAAGCCCCUAUGCAAAUUAUUCAACCCACCACCAGCGAAGAUCCAAACACCAAUGUUGCCCUGAAUACAUUUGGUGCUUUGGCCAGCCUCAAUCAAAGCAUAUCACAGAUGGCUGGGCAAAGCUGUGUACAACUGCCUGUUAGCCAACCUGGCAAUCCUCAAACUGCUGCAAACAGUCAAACCACCCCAGCUAGCUGUGUUUCGUUAACAACGACUGUAGCACCUCCUCUGACAACAGAUAGUUUAGUCACACAACCCAGUACUUAUAAUCUCGUGACCACUCCCUCAAUGAACACUGUAGCUUGUUUGCCUAACGGGAGGUCAAAAAGGUUAAACAAGAAGCCGGGUGUCAAGAAACACUCAGCUGCUAACAAGUCAGCCUGCCCCCUGAAUGCAGUUGGAGAUACAGGCAAGUUAGACUGCCCCAGCACUGAAGGCCCUGCAGAGCCGUCAUGUCAUGAUGGCCUUCUGGACGGCCUCCCUGUUGUGUUACCAUCUGUCACAGUGUCGCAGGUCGACAGUGUAAGUGUUUCUGGUUCACAUUCUUUGGACAUUCUGAAUUCCGAAUCAGUGAUGCCUGAAUCUGUACCCAAAUCUAGGUCAGCAGAAGAGUCUGGCCUUCCCUCCCAAGACUCUGUCACAAGUGAACAUUUUACAAUGGCCCCAGCAAAAUCCAAAGAUUCUCUCCCUGUUUUGCAACGAGAGACAUCUCAGGAUAAGCCACCAACUAGUUUGGCAUUGCCAGAUGCUACCAAAUCCUGUACGUCAGCCAAUGUGUUGAUUUCGUCUGCAAAGGAUCCCCACAUUUUGGUUUCUCAGGUUUCUGAUUUGUCAUCUACCACGAGCACUGCAAGCACUGGCUGUGUUUCUGAGGUAGAAAUCAUUGCCGAACCUUGCAGAGUUGAGCAGGAUUCAUCAGAUACAGUUCCAGCCACAGGUCUCUUAAAGGGGCAGGGUUUAACUGCAUUGCUGUCUGGUCUUGCUAAAGAAAAAGACCCUCAGAAAUCCUCUCUUUCAGUCCAGGUGGACCAUCCUGACUUUGCUUCAGAAAAUUCUAAAAUCGUGGAUUCAAGUGUUGAUUUACAUCCCAAGCAGGAGCUGUUACUGAUGAGCAGUGAUGAUAGAGACCCGGGCCCGCAUCCUCCCUGCAUCCCCGAUCAGGAGGUUGUCAACGGGUCUUUGCUCACCAGCAGGCAGGCUGACUCUCCCAUGUCAACUAGCUCUGGUAGUAGUCGUAGUUUCUCAGUUGCAUCCAUGCUUCCUGAAACAACCAGAGAGGAUGUUGCUAGCAGUGCAACGACUAAUACGUGUGAUGGCUGUACUUUUGUAGAGCAAACUGACAUAGUCGCUCUUGCAGCCAGAGCUAUUUUUGAGCAGGAGAACCUUGAGAAGGGAAGGGCUGGCACCCAGGCUGACAUAAGGGAAGUUACUUCAAAGCCUUCCGAAGCAUCCUCAAUAGAGGGAGACCAGACUUUCAAAACACAGAUAUCUAAAGAGAAUGGCCCAGGACGGACAGAAGCAACAGCCAAUGAAUUUAAUUCUCAGGAUUCGAUUGAAGCCACUGUGGAUAGGCCCCUUGAAAAACCAAGUUGUUCCGUAGGAAUCAAAACAUCAAAUACUUCUUUACAGGUUUCAGCUUCUCAGCCACCAAGCAUCACCAGUUUAAGUGUGAAUAAUCUUAUUCAUCAGAGCAGCAUCAGCCAUCCUCUGGUCAGCUGCACGGGUUUAUCUCAGACUUCAGAGCAAACAGCUGUUCCUGUAACAGUUAAUCUGACAGUUUCUUCUAGCUCCUAUGGCAGCCAGCCUCCCGGACCAUCUCUGAUGACCGAAUACUCUCAAGAACAGCUAAAUACGUUGGCUGGUACCAUAUCAAAUCCACAGAUUCCAGAGCCACUCUUGAAGCCAAGUCAUGAAAGCCGUAAAGACUCUGCUAAGCGUGCUGUCCAAGAUGACCUUUUACUGUCUUCAGCUAAACGUCAGAAGCACUGUCAGCCAGCCCCCCUCCGGCUUGAAGGUCUGUCCCUGAUGAGCCGGACUCCAGAUAGCAUUUCCGAUCAAACUCAAAUGAUGGUCGGUCAGAUCCCCCCCAACUCUUCAAACCCAGUCGUGUCUGUGUCUCUGAGCAACCCAGCACAUGGAGAUGGCCUUACACGAUUAUUUCCACCAAGUAACAACUUUGUGGCCCCUGCAUUGAGGCAAACUGAGGUUCAGUGCAGUUCUCAGCCUUCUGUUGCUGAACAGCAGCAAACUCAGGCCAACCAACAUCUCCAGGCCUUGCAGCAGCAUGUUCCAGCUCAAGGGGUGCCUCACCUGCAUAGCAACCAUCUCUACUUAAAGCAGCAGCAGCAGCAACAACAGCAGCAGCAGCAGCAGCAGCAGGCAGGGCAGCUCCGAGAGAGGCAUCACUUAUAUCAACUGCAGCAUCAUGUGCCACAUGCAGAGAGCUCUGUCCACUCUCAGCCCCAUAACGUCCACCAACAGAGAACUCUGCAACAGGAAGUUCAGAUGCAGAAAAAGAGGAAUCUUGUUCAGGGCACCCAGGCCUCUCAGCUUUCUUUACAACCCAAGCACCAUGGAACUGACCAGGCCCGACCCAAGAGCAGUCAGCCACACCCCCACCAUCAGCAGAUACAGCAGCAGAUGCAGCAACACUUUGGAAGCUCCCAGCCAGAGAAGAGUUGUGAAAACCCCUCAACUAGCCGGAACCAUCAUAACCAUCCCCAGAACCAUCUCAAUCAAGAUAUUAUGCACCCACAGCAGGAUGUGGGAAGCCGACAGCAAGGUUCAGGGGUUUCUUCUGAACAUGUAUCUGGGCAUAAUCCAAUGCAGAGGCUUUUGACCUCAAGGGGCAUAGAGCAGCAAAUGGUGUCCCAACCGAGUAUUGUGACGAGACCUUCAGACAUGACCUGUACGCCACACAGGCCAGAGAGAAACAGAGUUUCAAGUUACUCCGCAGAGGCACUUAUUGGAAAGACAUCUUCUAAUUCAGAGCAGAGAAUGGGUAUAUCAAUUCAGGGUUCCAGAGUUUCAGAUCAGCUUGAGAUGAGAAGCUACCUUGAUGUUCCUAGAAAUAAAAGUUUGGCCAUUCAUAAUAUGCAGGGUCGUGUGGACCACAGUGUUGCCUCAGAUAUCCGCCUCUCUGACUGUCAGACAUUUAAACCAAGUGGAGCCAGUCAGCAGCCCCAGAGUAAUUUUGAAGUACAGUCUUCAAGAAAUAAUGAAAUUGGUAACCCUGUAUCAUCCUUGAGGGGUAUGCAGUCCCAGGCUUUUCGAAUAGGUCAAAACCCUGGUCCGCCACCAAUUGACCGCCAAAAGAGAUUACCCUAUCCACCAGUUCAGAGCAUCCCAACAGGAAAUGCUCUCCCACCAAGGGACAGUGAAAAUACAUGUCACCAAAGUUUCAUGCAGAGUUUACUUGCCCCUCAUGUUGGUGAUCAGGUCAUUGGGAGUCAGAGAUCACUCUCGGAACAUCAGAGGAAUACACAGUGUGGCCCUUCCUCUGCAAUCGAAUAUAAUUGUCCCCCAGCUCAUGAAAGUGUCCACAUUAGAAGAGAGAGUGAGAGUCAGAACAGGGAGAGUUGUGACAUGUCCCUAGGUGCAAUUAACACCAGGAACGGCACCUUGACUAUUCCUUUUUCAAGUUCUUCUUCCUCAGGAGAUAUUCAAGGUCGAAACACAAGCCCCAAUGUUUCGGUACAGAAAUCCAAUUCCAUGAGGAUUACUGACAGUCAUGGCACCAAGGGCCACAUGAAUCCUCCCGUCACAACCAACAUGCAUGGGGUUGCAAGGCCAGCUUUGCCUCAUCCGUCUGUGUCUCAUGGAAAUGCUGACCAAGGGCCUCCGGUACGGCAGACUAAUUCUUCAGUCCCCCAGCGAUCAAGGCAUCCCUUACAAGACAGCAGUGGUUCCAAAAUUCGUCAACCUGAAAGGACCCGCUCUGGAAACCAAAGACAUAGUAAUGUCUUUGAUCCAAGUCUACCCCAUCUUCCUCUGGCCACCAGUGGCAGUAUGAUUCUUGGACGCCAGCAACCCCCUGCGGAAAAGAGAGGGAGCAUUGUUCGCUUCAUGCCCGAGAGCCCACAAGUACCUAAUGAUAAUGCUGCGCCUGACCAGCAUACACUCUCACAGAAUUUUGGUUUUCCUUUUAUUCCCGAGGGUGGCAUGAAUCCACCAAUAAAUGCUAAUACUUCUUUCAUUCCACAGGUUACUCAGCCUAGUGCCACUCGAACUCCAGCCCUCAUCCCUGUAGAUCCUCAAAAUACCCUCCCCUCCUUCUAUCCUCCUUACUCUCCUGCUCAUCCCACCCUGUCCAAUGAUAUUUCGAUCCCCUAUUUUUCUAAUCAGAUGUUCUCAAAUCCUAGCACAGAGAAGGUAAACAGUGGAAGUUUAAAUAACCGAUUUGGAUCAAUUUUGUCUCCUCCCAGACCUGUUGGUUUUGCUCAACCAAGUUUUCCUCUUCUGCCUGAUAUGCCCCCAAUGCACAUGACCAACUCUCACUUAUCCAACUUCAAUAUGACAUCAUUGUUUCCAGAAAUAGCUACAGCUCUUCCUGAUGGCUCAGCAAUGUCACCUUUGCUUACAAUAGCAAACUCCUCUGCUUCUGACUCUUCCAAGCAGUCCUCAAACAGACCUGCCCACAACAUAAGCCAUAUUUUAGGUCACGAUUGCAGUUCAGCUGUUUAAAUCCUGAUUGAUUGAAGAUAAAUGUAACGGGUGAGAUUACAAAUGUGUUUGUGUGUGCAUUCACAUAUACAUGCACAAGAAGAAAGAUUGUGUGAGUGUAUCCCCAUGUGUUUGUAUAAUCAAUAUUAGUUAUUUUCUGAAUGUAGGGAAGCCAUGUCAGAAAUGAUGUGAAUACUGGGUGGUCAAAAGCAAAUUAUCUAUCUUUCAAUUUUAACUGGAAAAAAUUUUUUAAAUUUCCAAGCAGAUUUACAUUUUAAAGUUUGAUUUCUGAUCUGAUUAUUCCCUAGAUAUUAAUCGGCUGGAAGUCAGGGGAGAUCAUCUAAGCAUAUACUGGGUAGUAGGGAGGAACCUAGAUUUUAAACUUGAUUGUUGAUGAUUUUGUAAACUAGAUAGUUGAGUUGAACUCCAAAAAAUACAGACGGUUUGAUACAACACUGUGGCUCAUAACCAAAUGCUGGCCUGUGUCAGCAUUUAGAUCAGUUUCUUACCCACAGCAGGUGUUGAGUUGACGUAGAAUGAAUGCCCAUAAUUAAAAUCAAGCCAUUAGCAAAUCAAUGAGUUAUUUAAUCAACCUUUAUUCCCAAGGUUUGGUUUAGGUAGAGGCUUCUUUCUUACUUAUAACAAUUCCUAAAUUGUCUGAAUUUCAUGUCUUGUUCUCUGAAUUGGGGAGUCAUGUUAUCCUUUAAUGUGCCAAGAUUCUGUAAAGCAAAGGUCUUCCUUAAACAAGUAGCCUUAAAGUGGAAAGCUGAAAAGCAAAGUACACAGAUGUUCUCUGUUUUGUACUUGCAUUUUUCAUCAGGCCAUAAGGAUAAAAGCAGUUGUAUUGUCAAAUUUUGUAUGUGUUCAGUUAAAGAUUGUCAUUUCAUUCAUCGAGUUUUGUUUUAGUAUUCUUUGUUCUAUUUGCUCUUGAAAUAAGUUCUUUUACAUUUGUUUAAUCAUUAGGGACUGAUCAGUAAAUAGUGUGUUUGAAUCCACACAGUUAUUUGAGCCUUACUUUUUAAAUAUUUCUGAACAGAGUCUUGAGCUCUGUCAGUAUUUUCAUUUACUGAUAUUUAUAUUUAAAAUAUGGCAUUGUAUAUUGCAUUAUUAUCCUUCAUAAUAGAAUUAUAAUGAGAUGAAUUUAUUAAUUAUUUCUCCUGAUGGUAGAUGUGAAAUGGUGCUUCAAAGAAUUCUUUAUAUGUGUGUGAGUAUGUGUGUACUCAGACAUAGAUUUUAAAGUAUAAACUGGCUCUUUGAAAACAGGCCUGUCAUCUGAAAAUGGGAAAUUGGGACCUGCGACCUGCUGAAGUGUAGAAGAACUUGAUGUCGGGGUUUUUUUAAACCCCACUGAAGUUAAUAAUAAAUUUAAAACAAUUAUA